CGCGGGAAGCCCGAUGAUGAAAGGGAAAGGGGCCCCUUCUACUCCCGGCUCCCAGGCCGGAGCUUUUGUUGGGGAAGAAAUACAAACGGCCCUCUCCAGCCCCCCACCUCCCAGACGGAAAGAAGUGCGAGCGUGGCUUGGAGGAACCUCGAAGGCUCCUCGAUGGCUUUUGCGCUCGGUUCUCUUUCUCCCCAUCUCGAAGUUGCGAGCUUUGGACAGGGAAGUCGGGCGCCGCCAUUGUCGCGGCCGUUCAGGGGCAGGGAGGCGGCUGCCGCUACUUAUGUAAGUUCGGCUUUGCCGGAGCUCCGGCUCCCUGCUCCGUCUGGGCGCCUGGGCGCGCCGGCGAUUUGGAGAACCUUCACUAAAGGGCAGCUUUGUUAGGGAGGAGCAGUUAGGGCUACAGGGCUCACCACCUGCACCGACUGGCAAUGGGUAUCUUCCAGUUUGACUCACCUGAACUUAGCCAUUGGAACAUCUCAAUAGAAAAAAAGGUGGUCCAGAGAGAGAGAGGGAGAGAGAGGAGAGAGAGAAAGAGAAAGAAGGCCAAAUAACACCCUAGCCAAAAAAAAAAGGGGGGGGGGCGCAUCAGCACACUGAUGUGUAUGGCCACUCCUCUCCCUACCUAGUCCAUCUCUUAUAUCCCCACAAGCUCCAGGAUAGUUACUGGCAGCGGUAGGGAGUGUGACCUGGUAGGAAGUUUGGCCUGGACACUUGCUUUUGGGGGUGACUACAGGCCAGGUUCCAUUUGAGGAAAAAAGUCAGAAGCAUCCCUAGAACUGAUUGUGCCCAGCCCGCACACUGGUUGCUGUGUUGGCUUUUCUGUAGAGGGAACUUUGUGAUAGUUUUCAGGACUUGGGUCUCUUGGUUUGCGUCUUGCACCACAGUUUUGGGGUCAGACUAUUGCAGCCCAGUCCCUUGGUCUUACCACAUUGAAGUCUGUGUGAUCACUGUUCGGUAGAAGAAACUUUUUGUAUUUUUCAGGACAUUGGUCUGCAGGAUGGAGUCCCUCUGGACUGGCACGCCCCUGAUCAGUUAUUCUGAUCUGAAGAAUUUGGUGUUUCAAGCAUUAAGACAAUAGCCUGAGUUGUUCAUGGAGUUUUUCAUCAGUAUGUCUGAAACCAUUAAAUAUAAUGACGAUGAUCAUAAAACUCUGUUUCUGAAAACACUAAAUGAACAGCGCCUGGAAGGGGAAUUUUGUGAUAUUGCUAUUGUGGUUGAAGAUGUGAAAUUCAGAGCACACAGAUGUGUUCUUGCCGCCUGCAGCACCUACUUUAAAAAGCUUUUUAAGAAGCUUGAGGUUGAUAGCUCUUCAGUAAUAGAAAUAGAUUUUCUUCGUUCUGAUAUAUUUGAGGAGGUCCUGAACUACAUGUACACAGCAAAGAUUUCUGUGAAAAAAGAAGAUGUUAACUUAAUGAUGUCAUCAGGUCAGAUUCUUGGUAUCCGAUUUUUGGAUAAACUCUGUUCUCAGAAGCGUGAUGUAUCUAGUCCUGAUGAAAAUAAUGGUCAGUCAAAAACUAAAUAUUGCCUCAAAAUAAAUCGCCCCAUUGGAGAUGCUGCUGACGCUCAGGAUGAUGAUGUGGAGGAAAUUGGAGAUCAAGAUGACAGUCCAUCUGAUGACACUGUAGAAGGCACACCCCCCAGUCAGGAGGAUGGCAAGUCGCCUACAACUACACUCAGGGUUCAGGAAGCGAUCUUGAAAGAACUGGGGAGUGAGGAAGUUCGAAAAGUAAAUUGCUACGGCCAGGAAGUAGAAUCCAUGGAGGCCUCAGAAUCGAAAGAUUUGGGGUCUCAGACCCCUCAAGCCUUAACAUUUAAUGAUGGAAUGAGUGAAGUGAAGGAUGAACAGACACCAGGCUGGACAACUGCUGCCAGUGACAUGAAGUUUGAGUAUUUACUUUAUGGCCACCAUCGGGAGCAGAUUGCCUGUCAGGCAUGUGGUAAGACAUUUUCUGACGAAGGCAGAUUAAGGAAGCAUGAAAAACUCCACACAGCAGACAGGCCAUUUGUUUGCGAAAUGUGUACAAAAGGUUUUACCACACAGGCCCACCUGAAAGAACACCUAAAAAUCCACACAGGAUAUAAGCCCUACAGUUGUGAGGUGUGUGGAAAAUCAUUUAUUCGUGCCCCAGACCUAAAGAAGCACGAGAGAGUUCACAGUAAUGAAAGGCCGUUUGCAUGCCAUAUGUGUGACAAAGCCUUCAAACACAAGUCCCACCUCAAAGAUCAUGAACGAAGACACAGAGGGGAAAAGCCUUUUGUGUGUGGCUCAUGCACCAAGGCAUUUGCCAAGGCGUCUGAUCUGAAAAGGCACGAGAACAAUAUGCACAGUGAAAGGAAGCAGGUUACCCCCAGUGCCAUCCAAAGCGAGACAGAACAGUUGCAGGCAGCAGCAAUUGCCCUGAAGGGAGCAGCAGUUGGAAACAAUAGCCUGUAGCUAGAGUUGAUGGGACGCGAACACUUUGCUUGAGCCGUGGAGACUGAGAUUGCAUUGUUUGUAAUAAAUGAACACCAGUCACUGUAUUAUUAUUAUUUUUUAUUUUUUCUGAAAACUUACGGAACAUUGUAUACUCGCUGGACUUAAGGCAGUGCCUGGUUAGGUAUUUUUAAAAAUUUUAAAGGAAAUAACGUUCCUUGUUUCUGACCAAACAGUUUCACUGUCCUGUCUGGUGUCUAGUAUUAAUGUUGCCAGUAAGUCCUGCCUCUUCUCUUUUUUUAUGGUUUUAAUUUGAGGACUCCUAUGUCCAGUUCAGAAGUGAGAGACUUCUGUUCCAAUUUUUAGUAUCUCUCUGCACUUGCUGCACUGGUGAACGCACUGCACAGAGUGAUAAUUGAGUAAAUUGAUUUCCUAAUCACAAUUAUAUGUGACUUACGGUCAAAACAGCAUUUUUAGUAACUUAAAGUACUUCGUGUAGAUGCAGAAAAUACUGGUGGGUGGUUGACCAAGAACACUGCACAAGUAUGAAAACAAGGCCUGGAAAUGUAGAAUGGUCUUAGGUUUGCAUUGAUUUAUUAAUUUUCUAUCACUGUUUUUUUCACAGUUCUUGUGGACAAAUAAUGAAUGGUUGCUUUGCUAAAGUGUUUCUUCAUUUUGAUUGACCAUACCUAACCCAAGAGAUGUGGUAACAAGUCCCCAAGGCUGAACAAAUCCGUAGGGAUAUUGGUGAUCUAGUGGCUGAAUUCCUUCAUUCCUCUUAUUUGGGGCAUUACCACUCUGAAAUUAAGUGGGGUUAGUGGAGUGGACCAGUGCUGAGAGGAUUAGAAAACAGUGAAUAGGACUCUGGCUCUCAGAGACAAGGUUUUCACAUAUGCAAUAAUUCCAAGGUUUCCUAGAUCAAAAUAAAUUUUAAUUGAUUUUGAAAUUAGGACAAGAACAGGUAUGUGUCCUCAGAUACAUUUGUGUAACAGACUGUUAUCAAACUUUUGGGUUCUCUGUAGCACAUGACUUAUCCAUAAAGGAGAUGCAAUAUCGUGACUUAAAUUAAUACAUUUAAAAUCUUUAAAGUGUGUAAAUAGUAUAGAAGUAUUGGUCUUACGUAUUUCAAGGAAAGUAGACAGCUGCACUUUUUUUUUUUGCACAUUGAAUAAAAUAACUUCCAUCAGCAAGAAACAUCAGUCUGUUGUUAACCAAUAUUAAAGAGUGUCAGACCAAAUGUUUAUGUUUUUGAAGUAUAUUUCAUCACUGGCUACAGUUUUAAGUAGAGUUGAUUGCCUUUUCAUAGCUGUAAGAAUUAUAAAUGCUGUUCAAUUUUGGUGUAUGAAAAUUUUUUAAACCAUUUAUUUAGGAAUAUAUUGAAAUACCAAUAAUAGUUUGAAUUAUGUUCUAUAAUAAAGCAUUAGUCAAUUAUUUUAGAAUGUACAAUUUAGAAAAAUGUUGACAUUUAAAAUUUAUUUUUGGUUGCUAGGGUGUUUUUUUAAGAGACAUUAAAAUAAUUGCAUUUCAUAGUUUGCUGCAUUAACACCUAUAAUUACUACUGUGGGAGAAAUUUUAUUUUUUAAAUGGUGUAUAUGUUGCACCCAAGAUUGUAGGAUGAAGAUGCUACCUUUUAAGAAACAUAUUUAUUGGUAAAAUGCUUAAUUUAGUUUAAAAUUAAUUUAAUUUCUUUUCUUAACAGUUGUUUUUUCCAUCCUAAAGUAGUCCUGUCACUGUUUAUAUGCUAUUAGUGGAAGGGAAAUUGAUUGACAUUCCUAGGCUGUUUUAACCAAAGCAAAAGAAAAAUAAUUUCACAUCUGGUUGAUAGCUACUUCAACAAACCAUUUUUGGGUCUUCACUUUAGUAUAUAUAAGAAAAUAUACUUCUAUCAUUUCUGUUUUCAUAGUAAUCUUUCACACAUCCGGGUUUCUACCAAAGUACAUUUUCUACUAUCUUCAUCAUGGUUUUUCAGAGUUGCAAGUUAUGUGGUUAACCUUCAUCGAAAUCACAUAAUCAUAAUGGUACCCAAAAAAAGAAAGCUUAAUUUUCAGCCCUUUAUUUGUAUUAUGUAAAUAUUUAUCAUUUGUCCUAUUUUGCAUGAGAAAUAUAUUUGUGUUGCAAUUUCUACCGCUGGUACUGGGUUUAUAUGUGUGUUAGGGUGCUUGUCUGCUUGAUGGCAGCAAAGUCAUGACAUGGCAGCUUUCCUGUCCCCUGGUCAUUGAGACUGCCUCUCUCCUCACCCAGCUGGCUUUAAUAGCCUCUUGGAUGGUGAAACCAUAAUGUUAGACAGUUCAAGGAUAACUCUAAUCACAGGGGGGUAAUUUUGAAAUGUCCUUACACUGAAUUUAUCAUGUGAGGGGAAGGAAAUUCUAAGCUAUCUUUUCCAUUAUUUAAAAGUCACUUUUUUCUGUUUGAACAAAGAAUAUCUACAAACUUAAUUUUACCUUUUAUGCCAACUUGCAUUGUAUUGGCAAUGGUUGAGGAAGAUAAUUUUAGGAAGUCCAAACUUUAGGUCAUUUAUCUACUAAUUAACUUGGUCACAAAUUUAAAAUUGUUAGACAUUAUAGAGGUUGCCAUCAACUGAGCCUGAUACUAAUAAAUUCUUCCUAUUUUGUUGAGGAAAAAAAAAGAUGGAGGUGACAGGGAAUGAUGCAAAUUUAUGUAGUUUUGAUCUAAUUAUGUAAUGUAAGGUUAUCUGUAACUCAGUCAUUGGAAAUCUGGAAUACAUUUUCCAGAGUAUUGCUGUUAGUGGUGAUUAGUUCCUAGAACAGCUGUAAAAGCCUGUGUACCUGUAACAGAAUUAAUGUAAGGGUUAUAGUCUUGAGUUCUGAGUCGUAGGAGUUAAUGAGCUGAGGCUUCCAGGAAUGAGAAUGGAAGAAACUGUCCCUUUCCUCUGCCAUUUAUUUACCUGUAAUAUCUACCUCCCUUUCUCCAUUAUCCAAGCCCACCACGUUCCCACACUCCACAAUGUAUGAGAGACUAGCAAAACAUCAGAUUGGAGGCAAGAUAACCAUUAACAACCACCACAGUGAGAGAUGAGGACCUAAAUUUAUUCUGAUGCUUCCUUCUAAUACUUAACUGAAAUCAAUGAUCACUUUCAGUGAUGGGGAGCUCCCUACUUCGCUGAUGUCCUACACUCCCAGCUUUAACUGCUCCUUAUUCCUUGAAUUUUGUCUCCAUUUUUGUAUGUCCCCUUGUAACUGAACUUUCUUCCCCUUGGAACUAUUCAAAAUAAAGUUAAUCCUGCAA